GGAGGUGUGGGGGAGAGAGCUGUUUUGGUUUGUGAAACAAGAGGCGAGGUGUUGGCUGGCUAUGCCUAUGACCCAUCGGUAGCUCUCCCCCUGUCCCUGCCUCCAUGCACUCACACUGCCAGGCACAAUUUUCCUCUCUCUCUCUCUCUCUCUUGUCUCUCUCCAGCUCCUAAAACGUAGGAUGCAUCGGAUAUAAAAACACGCACAUACAUACAUACACACACACACGCACACACACACAUCAACAAGCCAUGGGGAAAGAUCAGGAAUUACUGCAAGCUGUCAAAACCGAAGAUGUACCUGCAGUGCAGAAGCUGUUGCAAAGGCCGAAACAAGGCAAAGCGAAGCUGUUAGGAUCUGCCAAGAGAGUGAAUGUGAACUUUCAAGAUCUAGAUGGAUUUUCUGCUCUGCACCAUGCUGCACUCAAUGGGAACACUGAGCUCAUCUCCCUAUUGAUUGAAGCCCAGGCUACGGUGGAUAUCAAGGACAAUAAAGCUAUGAGGCCGUUGCACUAUGCUGCAUGGCAAGGGAAGGCUGAGCCAAUGAAAAUGCUCCUGAAGGCAGGGUCAAGUCUCAACUCCCAAUCAGACGAAGGCCAAAUCCCAUUGCACCUUGCUGCGCAGCACGGACACUAUGAAGUGUCCGAGAUGCUUUUGCAACAUCAGUCAAACCCGUGUAUAGUGGACAUUGCUGGAAAGACACCUUUGGAUCUGGCCUGUGAAUUUGGCAGAGUUGGGGUGGUACAGUUACUCCUAAGCAGUAACAUGUGUGCUGCUCUUCUUGAAGCAAAGCCUGGGGACAUCACCGAUCCCAAUGGAACCAGCCCUCUACACCUCGCUGCCAAGAAUGGACAUAUCGACAUAAUAAGGCUUCUGCUGCAAGCUGGAAUUGAUAUCAAUCGUCAGACAAAGGCUGGAACAGCUCUACAUGAAGCCGCACUCUGUGGGAAGACAGAAGUGGUCCGUUUGCUACUGGAAAGUGGGAUUAAUGCACACAUCAAGAACACUUACAAUCAGACGGCCCUGGACAUUGUUCAUCAGUUUACAGCAACCCAAGCAAGCAAAGAGAUCAAGCAAAUGCUCAGAGAUGCCUCUGCUGCCCUGCAGGUCAGGGCUGUGAAAGACUACUGUAACAAUUACGACCUGACCAGCCUUAAUGUGAAAACAGGGGACGUUAUUACAGUUCUGGAGCAGCAUCCUGAUGGGAGGUGGAAAGGCUGUAUCCACGACAACAGAACUGGCAAUGAUAGAGUGGGCUAUUUCCCAUCGUCUAUUGCGGAGGUGAUUAACAAGAGAUCAGGUGCUUGGGACGCAGUUAUUUAUCCCCACAGUUCUCAGCAAUAUCACAAGAUACAGCUCACGGCCUAUGGCACAACAGUAGUCAAUGGUGACUCCACUCACCACUUUAAUUCCCUGCCACCACCCCCUCCACCUCCACCUUUCAAUCAUCAGCCACUUUUCAGUUCCUUUGGUUAUCACAGAGUCAAUAGCAGUAUAGAAGAAUUACCCCAUGGACAAGGUUCCCGUGGUUCUGAGUCGAGUCCUUCCCAUCUGUCUCCAGUGCAACCAGUCACGACCGCGCCUGAGGAGAUCUGGGUGCUACGGAAACCAUUUGCAGGUGGGGACCGCAGCAGUGCAGGGAGCACAGGAAGCGUGGCCAGCGUUCGGAGCUCAGGAAGUGGACAGAGUGCAGGAGGCACCGCUACAGCCUCGGCUCCCGAGGGGAGUAAGUUACUACAAACAGUGCUAACUCCGAAGGGAUCCGCACCAGAGACUGCAGGAGGUGAAGGAGUCACCAAGUCAGAGCAGCCUGCAGGAGCUGCCCGGCACCAGAGCGGAUCCAGCUGCCCCUUGGCAGAACCACCGUACAGUGAGCCGCAGCUGAAGAAAGCUGAGGCACAGUCAGAAACGAAGAGCCCAGAGACAGUUUAUAACUGGCUUAGUGAAUUCCAACUCCAGCAGUAUGCUGCUAACUUUAUCAAUGCUGGCUAUGACAUUCCAACUAUCAGCCGCAUGACCCCUGAGGCUCCCGUCUCCAUUCACCCUCCUUCAGCUAAGAGGGAGGGUGAGUGUCGAGCAAGUGAUGAACGUCUCCACAACUUUGGCAACAGCUCAACCAACAGGAGGCGUGCUGUCCUAGGGGCAAGACUUUCUAAACCAGAUUUACCUGUCCCGAAGGAUCUAACAGCAAUUGGAGUAACAAAACCUGGACAUAGGAAAAAGAUUGCCAUUGAAAUAAAUCGACUGAAUCUCUCAGAGUGGUUGCCCAACUACCAGCCACUUUCUGUUUCCUUUUUCAAGAAUGACCUGAUGGAAUGGCUCUCCAUUAUUGGCCUGGCUCAAUAUUACAAGACACUAGUGGAGAACGGUUAUGAAAACAUUGAGUUCAUCACUGACAUCACCUGGGAGGACCUCCAGGAAAUUGGCAUCACAAAGUUGGGUCAUCAAAAGAAGUUUAUGCUCGCUGUGAAGAAGCUGGCAGAAAUCCAGCGAGCUACCCGCUAUGAGUCUGGCACCUUGAAGAAGAAAGCCCCCCAGUCGUUGGAAAUUGUGGCUAUAGAAUCUCCUCAGGGUGAAAAUGCUGAAUGCCAGUCUCCCAAGAUGUCUACCUUCCAGGACAGUGAGCUGAGCAACGAGCUGCAAGUUGCCAUGACCAGUGCUGGAGAUGGGAAGGACGGCCUUGAGCCGAAGCAAGCCAACCACGCUGGACCUGGUGCAGAGGGCACUGCCUACCAACCAGAGGGGGCCAUCCAGGAGAGUGACAGCAGCAGCGGUGCCAAGGUAAAGCCAAAUGGCACUGCUCAGGAAGGAGCAGGAGGAGGGAGCAAGCUGCAAAAGGCAGCCCUGUCCAAAAGCCAGGAAAACCUCGAUGGCCCCAGCCAACGAUCCAUCAUCACAGAAGUGGUCGGUCCCACAAGGCGCAGUCACCGGCAAGGGGUUCAAAGAGCGAGUGUGCCACCUGCACCCGGGAAGCCAAGAGAGUCCUUCUGUCACCCUCACCAAGCGCUGGUGUCGAUGUCAACCUUCACCCCACCGCAGACACCCACAAAGCCCAGGCCUUCCUCUCCGCAGACCCUCAAUGUCCCUCAGGCCACGGCCAAAGUGAAGCCCAUCCCGCAGCUCCUGCAGACAGACCGGCCCAUGUCCCCGAGGUCUCUGCCCCAGUCGCCCACCCACCGAGGAUUCGCCUACGUGGUCCCACAGCCCGUGGAAGGUGAGGGGUCAGCGGCGCCUGGCCACACGUCGAGCCCGCUGGCGCAGGCUGUCCCUGUGCUGCCCGUCUCCGUCCCCGUGCUCUGCCUCCCUCCGCACACCGACGAUUCUGAGGGAGACCCCUCGAGACCAAAGAAGCGGGCGCACAGCGUGAGCCGCUACGCCAUGUCUGACAGCGAGCAGGAGAAGGACGAGCUGGCCUUGCCCGAUGCUGGGCCUUAUGCCACGAUCCAGAGGCACGUGGCCCGCAGCCACUCGGUCAGGGGGCACUCAGCCGCUGCGGACAAAAACGUCAACCGUAGCCAGUCGUUCGCGCUGAGGCCGAAGAAGAAAGGGCCACCGCCGCCGCCCCCGAAACGGUCGAGUUCGGCCAUAUCCAGCACCAACCUGGGCGACGACCUGCCAAAGGAUAAGGAGAUGGGCAGCCUCAAGGAUCCUGACACCAAGGCCAGGCUUAAGGAGCAGCGGAGAGCCAGUGACGUUGGGGGAACUGUGGAGACGGGCAGCGUCGGCAGCGUAAAGAGCAUCGCCGCUAUGUUGGAAAUGUCGUCCAUCGGCGGCGGCGCCCGGGCCCUCACCCUGCACCGGUCGUUCAAGACAGAAAAGGGCACAGGCGGCACCUACGGCCCAAUGGUGCAGCCAGUGAGCUCAGAACAUUCCAGAGUGGCCACCGUGCUAGCCACCGUGAAGCGCGGGCCCCUCGACAGGUCCCGCGACGCCAUCGGGUUGGACGGCGAGGUGAUCAACCGAAGGCGGACCAUCAGCGGACCCGUCACGGGCCUGAUCGUCGCUGCCAAGAAGGAGCGAGCCAACGGUGGGAAACCUGCGCCUGAAGCCGAGGGGCCCGCCGACCGCCUUCAGGUGGAUCCGACCGGAUCAUCCAGGAACAGCUCCUCGGAGAACCUGCCCUUCGCCGAGGAAGGAAACCUGACCAUCAAGCAACGGCCUCGCCAGCCGCUGAAAACCAACGGCGUAGAAUGUCUACCCCACCUCCAGGUCAACUCCGAGGCCGUGAGGCCACAGUAUUCCAGCCUCACCGCGUUCGAACUCACGAGCACACUGAAACGCAGAGGGAAGCCCAGACCGACCCAGCAGCAGGAGGUCAUGGCCUUCCAUUUAACAGAGUCAAAUACCGUCAAGCGGCGUCCAAAAACCAGGGAGAAGGAUCAACUGGAAUCUCCUCCAGAGGCCCAUCACCACGCGAUGCUUCAGAAUGGCACAGGAACUAUCAAGAGAAGGCCAGUGUCGGACAUGACAGGAGGAGAGACGUAUCCGAGCUUCUUAACUGUAGGAGAAAUCCCCCGAAGAAACAGCGGAGAGCACGCCUCCCACGUUUCAGACGGGGAGACAAAAAGACCUGUUAAACCUCCAGUGUCUCCGAAACCCUCCCUUACCCAGCCAACAGGUUUAAAAAGACAUGGACCGUCAGCAGCGAGUGCCAAGAAGUCUCCAUUGCCCGGUCCUGGGAGUCCAGAAGUGAAACGUGCCCCACCCCCUGUGUCCCCAAAACCAAUCCUACCUCCCCCCCUGACCCCACCCAAACCCAUCAAACCCCACACCAUUCUGCAGUCCCUGAGUGCAGGCCCCACCCCUGUCCCUUCUCCUGCCAAGCAACCGACCAUCAAAGCAGCAAGCACACCGCCGUCCCUGUGUUCGAGUCCAGCUAAACCCAUCGCCGGUGCCCAGCCCCAGCAAGUCCCGGUCAAGCCACCCAGGUCCUCGAUAGCUGGCUCUUCCACUGAGAUGGCCACCACUGAAGUAGCACAACUGAAGCUGGAAGAGACCAGCGCCUCACUGGCAGCAGCUCUACAGGCCGUGGAGGAGAAGAUCAAACACGACGAGGGGCAACGAGUAGAGGCUGCAUCUGAAGUUAAGAGCACAGGCAGCAUUCUAGACGACAUAGGGAGCAUGUUUGAUGACUUGGCUGACCAAUUGGAUGCCAUGUUAGAAUGAAGGCGAAGCAGUGAAAGGCAAGAAAACCUCAGGACUCAAAGUGGGCACAGUGAUCUUUAAAAUCCUAUCCAGACCAGUCUCAGACACAAUUCCCCUCUAUGAACCCAUCGGUUUCUUUUUUCCUUUUGCGUUUGUACGAUUUGAAUGAGAACAAAAAACCCAAUUCGAUUACCUCAGGAUCUCCUUGUAUGAAGAUCUGCAGGAUUCAAUUUACUGAGACCACAUUUCAACCAAAACAGUUAUGAAAUAGCUAAUGAUUCAGGAUCUGCAGCAGACAGAGAUGAUGCAAGGUUAAAUUGCUAUAACAUUCGAUCUCAGAUCCUGCAAACACAAGGAUCUUUAAAUUCUUAGAAUACAUUUUUUUGACAAGGUGUUAAUGUGAGAUGUAUAUGUACACUGUAAGCAUGAGAAAUAAGAUAGGUUUGUAAACAUUCAUCACAGAUGAUGGAGAUGACACACAAGGACAUGGUUAAAUUGUGACAUUAAAUUUCAGGUUGUUUUUUAACCCCCCGAGUGCAAAGACAAUGACAAGAGGCUAAUUUGGGCUGGCUGCUUUUUUAUUAUGUUUUGUGUUUAAUAGGAUUAGUAGUUUUGUCAAUUGGUGGUCAAGUGGAGAUUGUAAACAGAACAAUGCCAGAUAUGCUCAGCAUCUCUGGGAGAAAAAAAACCAAACCAAUACUUUAGGUCACUGACCUUUUACAACUGGCAGAGGUGACUCUGCGAUUCAGGGUUAGAGGGAGGUACGAUGUUUAUAUAACAACACUCGAUUGGCCCAGGAGGAAGGAGCGGUUGACACAUUAGCGGAGGAAUUGAGCCCACAGUAUGAUUUAGUGGAUGUAUGCUCCAUGCAGCUGUGUCAGGAGAAAGGGCAGCAACAGUAGCUUCACUGUAGCCUCCCUAGCCCAGGGACAAAAACUAUUCAGUCAGAUUUCCUACUCCUGAUCAGAAUCGUCUCUUCUGUUGCAAAACAUCCAUGUAGCCUGUGGGAGCAUAAUUACAGUCAACUGUCCAAUCUUGCCACAGUGGAAUGGACGGCCACCAUUCCGGGUCCAGGUUCCCAAUUGAAUAAUGACCAAUUGGGAUGUGCCAGAGGGCUUUUGAACAGUGACCAGUGAAUCUGAACCUUCAGGAAUACAAGUAAAUCACAAAAUAAGGUGCAAUAAUCUGAAAUGACAGCAUUCAAAUGAGCGAGAGUUUGUUGCCUGUCUAUAGUGUUAUUUGAUUAGAACUCGAUUUUUGUUGAGGAGGAAGAGUGGGGAGGAAUAGUACAAAAUAAACAUGUGAAUAUAAAGCAUAUUAAUUCUCAUUUCAAAUCAUUGCAAUGAAAAAAUAUAACUGAAUUUCAGAUUGACAGGCAAAAGCUUUGGUGACAGAGAACGAGGCUUCACAAAUUGUCGACGAAACCUUCUGAAAGCUCCUUAUGAAAGAAGGAUUGAGGCAAAAGUGAGACUGAAUGAAACCAGGAGUUGUCAAUACAGUUAGAAUAAAGUCCUUGACUCAAGGCUAACUAUUACUGAGCUUCAUUCAGUCAGAGUGCGGUCAUUCCCAUUCACUCAAAUAGUUCGUCAAAUCUGUUGUAAUCACGAGAGUUCUUUUUUUCCACAUGAAUUGUUUCAUUUAAGAGCUUAGAAAUGGAUAAUCUGAAUUCCAUCCUCUUGAACAUUUUGUUACCUGUGUAAAAUAUUUGUGUAAAUGCUGUAAAUGUGUGGGCUCUAAGAGAGCAACUUUUAUUCCAUUGAUUUUCUUCAUCUGAAUUUUGGUGCGUGCUCAGUCAGUCAGCAGAGUUUAAGAAGGAAAGAAUUUGCAUUUAUAUGACAUUUUUCAUGACCUCAGGCCGUCACACUGCCUCCAGCCGUUCGAAAUGUAGAGAGUGCCGUAAUGUAGGGGACACAGCGUUUGUAUUUGUACACAGGAAGCUCCCAAAAGCAACAAAAUAAAUGACCAGAUCAUCCUUUUUAGUGAAUGGAUGAGUGGUCAGGACAGCAGGAAGGAUGUCCCUAACUCUUCUUCAGAAUAAUGUCAUGAAAUCUUCUCAUACUGAUUUGAGAGGGUAGGCAACACGUUUACACCUUUAACAUUUCGCCAGAAAGACAGCGCAGCAGAGUGUCAGUCUAGCUCCAAUCCUCUGGAGCAGGACUUCAGCCCCCACCUGGCAAAGGUCCGAGCUGCACCCACUAAACCGAGGGACAUGGCAUUGGAAUCGACCGUAUAAUUCAGCUGGUUCAGUGAUGUGAGUGCCGCAUCGAUAUUGAUUCAAAGAACUCUCCUGCUGUGUGUUGAAUGAUGCCAUGUGGGAUCCCUAACAGCACAGUUAUCAUCUAUCUGGAAUAUAGCAGCUCUAACAGUGCAGCACCUCCUCAGCAAUGCACUGGGAGUGUCAGCACAGCCCACAUCAGUGACUAAGACUCUGCACCUGAAGUAUGCAUCAGGAAAAGUACUUUUUAAAAUUUUUUACAUUUUUUUCUUCCUUCACUGCACAACCCCCUAAAAGUGGGAAUGCUUAUUUUUCCCCAUCCCCCAUGUCAUGUGUGCUCAGGUAUAGGACACAGUGAAGAACAACUAGUGUGUAAAUCUUUAUUGAUAUUCCACCACCAGGAAAAAAAGGAAACACCCAAGUGGCCAGUGACAAGCAGUGUCCUUCUCAUCAAAGGGCAAUGCUGUGUGACCAAACAGUGAAGGGGAGAGUAGGGAAUAAAUCAACAUAGAGUUGGAGGGGGAAAGGAAAGUACUUUAUUAAGAACAAUCAACCCCGUUUGGACAUUCAUUAUGUCUCCUAAACCCUGGGGACCAAUUUGUUCGAUUCCCCUGCUGUUGGUAUCAAAUGGUACAGCACCCUUUCCACUUGACUGAGAUUCUCGGGGCUCACUUCCCAGUAAAACAGACAGAGAAUCCUAAAGGAGUGUAAGAGGGAAAGACCUGGAUGCUUAGUCACUGCCAGAGAUGCUGAUUUGCCAAAGUUUACAGUUUUAGUUUGCCAAGGUGAAAGGCCACAGAGUACAAAGCGUAAUAUACUUUUAAAAAAGUUGAUUUGUUUUGGGUGAACUCAGACCCUGUGCUUGAUGUGCUCUGUGAUUUUGAAGCAGUUAGUUAAUGUUUCUCACCAGGCCAUCUUUAUAUUGAUAUAGAUCGGGCCAUGUUUUGGAAGAUGUUUGCAUAUUCUUUUUUGUAGUCAGUUU